AUGGAUAUUGAUAAUAUUUUGUCAACUCGAUUGGAAGAAUUGCAACAGAAGUUUCCUACACGCUUUUCGAAAUCAAUUUAUGUACUUAAAGCUGUCCAUGACAAUGUGCCGACUGGAUGGAAAGAGCGAUUGAUAGAAGCAAGAAGAAAAGGAAAUGGACAACGUGUUAUCCUCAUUCCUUAUAAUAUCGAAGGUUUGCAUUGGAUUGGAAUCUUGUUAAAAUUUGAAACAGACCGGAAGAUUGAAUUGGCCCAACUUAUGGAUCCGGUAGAAUAUUCCGAUUUUUCUCCUGAAAAAUUAGGAAAUGAGCUUAAGGAAAUUUAUCCAGAUACUUUGUUACGUUGGACUUAUGUUGAAAAACAUCGUGAUGUACAGCAAAGUGCUAGUAUUACUAUUAAAAAUUUAUUAAAGGCAGCUGAAGAAGUUCAACUUACAUAUGAACGAGGUACAGAUACAUGUUCAAUUGAUCUAAAAGAUGAAAAUUGGCAAGCUGCCCUGACAACAAUGAAAAUAUUAUUCAAGGAGCUCAGUUCAUUAAAUAUGCAAGAAUUAUUUACGCUUAUCGAGGAAGCAGAUAAAGUAGUGUAUUUAAUAAAAGACAAAAAUAUUAUUCUUUUCUUCGGAAUAACUGGAUCAGGUAAAUCAACAACUAUUCAUUUUCUUGCGGGCUCUCAAAUGGAACGUGUAAUAGUAACAACAUCACCAUUUGCUCAGUCUGAAACUCGAUAUAUAACUGCUGUUACAGUAAAUUUCAAAGAUGUUGGCGCUUUCACUGAUGGUAGCAUCAUUCUUUGUGAUAAUCCAGGAUUCGGAAAUACUCACAGAGCAGAAUUUGAUAUAGCUAAUGCAAUAGGUAUUGUUAGAGCAGUUAAGGGAUGUAGAAGUGUAAAACCAGUUGUAUUAAUUAGUUAUGGAAAUAUUGC